AUGGCACUUAACAUUAUUUUCAAUCCCAUGAGUUCCUUUGUUGUGCUUUUACUAGUGUUUCUCUUUUAUUCUCCUAAUAAAAUUUUUGUAAGAUCAUGGGAUACUAUUCCUAAAUCUGAUAUUGAUAUGAUUGAAUUAGCUCUGAACUUGGAGUACUUGGAAGCUGAAUUUUUUUUGUUUGGAGCCGAGGGUUAUGGUUUGGAUGUGGUUAACCCUAACUUAACAGAAGGAGGACCCUCUCCCAUUGGUGGCAAAAUUGCCGAUCUUAGUCCCCUUAUUAAGGAUAUUAUCUUCCAAUUUGGUCUCCAAGAAGUUGGACAUUUGAGGGCCAUAAAGAGCACGGUGAGAGGAUUUUCAAGGCCAUUACUGAAUAUAAGCUCAGAAAUAUUUGGACAAAUAAUAAAUAAUGCUUUUGGUGAAAGGCUGAAGCCACCAUUUGAUCCCUAUGCUAAUGACAUAAACUAUUUAAUUGCAUCUUAUGUGAUUCCUUAUGUUGGUCUCAAUGGCUAUGUUGGUGCCAAUCCACUUCUGCUCAGUGCCACUGCCAAAGCGCUUGUUGCAGGACUUUUAGGUGUGGAGUCUGGUCAGGAUGCAAUAAUCCGAGGUUUGUUAUACGAACGGCGAGAUGAGAUAGUAAUCCCAUAUAAAGUGAGUGUGACUGAGUUUACAAAUCGCAUCUCAAACCUUAGAAACAAAUUAGGGAGGGAAGGUAUUAAAGAUGAAGGUCUUGUGGUACCUAAAGAGCUUGGUGCUGAAGGAGAAGUCACAGGGAAUAUUCUUUCAGCUAACGAUUAUUCACUUUCAUAUCCUAGAACUCCAAAAGAGAUAUUGAGAAUAGUGUAUGGAACAGGUGAUGAACAUGUUCCUGGUGGAUUCUACCCUAUGGGAGCUAAUGGUACCAUAGCUAAAUCUUACUUGGAACGUAAUUAAAGCUAUGGCGGCUUUAAUAAUGCCUUUUCCGGGGUAAAAAAGUAUACAACAAAUAUGUCUCAUCGUAUAAAUAUGGAAAGUCUCAUCUA